CUUCUGAAAUAGGUCGUGCUGCAACUAAUGAAGGGCGUCAAGUUGUCGCGGUUUCCGUAGGGAGGAGUUGGUAAACAAGGAGCCCCGAUAAUCAGGGCUUUGCCACCCCGCGGGAUCCCUCCCGGGCAGCGAGCAGCGUUCAAGCACGCAGUGUCUGGAGUGUGAUUAAGAUUCUCCAUGAAGAAGGAAGCAUGAUCGCCUUCAUGAACAAUUCCGACAGUGAAGAGGAACCUUGCAAUGAAAGGACAUCAUUGAUGUCAGCUGAAAGCCCCCUUCUGCCUUCUUAUCAUGAUGGAGCACAAGAACCUGAAGCUAUAGAAACGCUUUCCCACAGGAAUAGACGUAAUGGCAGCACUAGCAGCUCUAAUAAAGCGGAGGGACAUGGGCCUGAUCCAGAAAGAGCAGCAAAAGGACAUAUUGUGCUGGAAAAUGAGGAAGAGGAGUUGACCUUAAAAUAUGGAGCAAAGCAUGUGAUCAUGCUGUUUGUGCCUGUAACACUGUGCAUGGUUGUAGUUGUUGCAACCAUUAAGUCAGUCCGUUUCUACACUGAGAAGAAUGGGCAACUGAUUUAUACCCCCUUCAGUGAAGAUACCCCCUAUGUGGGCCAGCGUCUACUGAGCUCUGUGUUGAAUACCCUCAUCAUGAUCAGUGUUAUUCUAGUGAUGACCAUCUUUUUGGUUUUCCUGUACAAAUAUCGUUGCUAUAAGUUCAUUCACGGGUGGCUGAUUCUCUCAUCGCUGAUGCUUUUGUUUCUCUUCACUUACAUCUACCUUGGCGAAGUACUUAAGACCUACAACGUGGCUAUGGAUUACCCUACCCUGUUCUUUGUCAUCUGGAAUUUUGGAGCAGUUGGGAUGAUUUGCAUCCACUGGAAGGGGCCUUUGAAACUUCAGCAAGCCUAUCUCAUUAUGAUCAGUGCCUUGAUGGCUUUAGUUUUCAUUAAGUACUUGCCAGAGUGGUCAGCUUGGGUCAUCCUAGGAGGCAUCUCUGUUUAUGACUUGAUAGCAGUUUUAUGUCCAAAGGGACCUCUCCGAAUGUUGGUGGAAACAGCACAAGAGAGAAAUGAGCCAAUAUUUCCUGCACUUAUUUAUUCCUCUGCUAUGAUGUGGACAAUAGGAAUGGCAAAGCCAGAUAAUGCACAAAGAAGGUCUUCUCAGGAGAUACGGGAUCCAGAGAUACAUGACAAUUCUUCAUAUGCUGAGCCCGAAGUUCCAGAAAUGAGAAACUCAACUAUUGAUCAAACUGGCCAACAACUUGGUCAAAUUGCCCGCAACUUUGAGGAAAGCCAGGAGGAGGAAGAAAGAGGAGUCAAGCUGGGUCUAGGAGACUUUAUAUUCUAUAGCGUGCUUGUCGGCAAAGCAGCUGCCACUGCUAGUGGUGACUGGAAUACAACAUUGGCUUGUUUUGUAGCCAUCCUCAUAGGUCUGUGCUUAACUCUUCUAUUGCUUGCAGUCUUUAAGAAGGCACUACCUGCUCUUCCCAUCUCCAUCACCUUUGGCCUGAUCUUCUACUUCUCAACAGAUUAUCUCAUGCAACCUUUCAUGGACACCCUUGCAGCUCAUCAGUUAUAUAUCUAAGAAUAAUGGUGAUCCUGUUUAAGAGCUUCAGUGGGCAGCAGGCCAAUUUUUAGUGAAUUUUAUUCUUAAUUCCAUACCUUUUUCACAGGAAACACUAAAAAAAAACAACUUGUUUCCCCUGGAACUUCACAGCUGGUUCUUCAGACUAUUAAUGCUCCAGGUAUCAGGAUCUAUGCAGCCUGAACCUACUUGCACGUAUUCAGAGCUGAGUUCACCCAGAUCAUUUGGAGCAUAGAAUUAUUAUUGAUGACCUUCCUCUUCAUAUUUUUCAUAUAUUAAUUUUUUACUUUGUGUAGAAGGUAGAUUGAUUGCAUUACCUUAAAGUAAAAUGAAGUAUCCAUCUUGAGAGAGUAUUGGUACUGUGAAGUUUAAAGUCCACUUUAUAUAAUUGCACAGUAAUAAUAAUACAGGGUAUUUUUUUAACAUUGAAAAAAGCACUCUUUGAGAGAAAUACAAUUCUAGUACAGGGACUGUCUGAAAGGAGAGCAGAGUAUAGGGAGUUGUGGUUUCUACAACUACACCACUAAAAGUGGGCUGUUCAAAUCCCUUAUACAAUAACAGCUUACCAUGGGCUAUCAUGGAACUUUUGACAUUCCUGGUUUCCACAAUAAAAUCAGCAAGAAGCAAAUUGCAAACAGCAGAACUGUUUUAGUGAUCCUUUGCUUGUUCCACUGGGAGGCUUGAUGUUGACAUAGAUUAGCUUAACUUCCAGGUAUUCUAAAUGAAGGUAUCUGAAUCUCUGGCUAUGUUUCCACGUCAUUCAUAGCCAGAUUUCAUGUAACUAUGAUUUGCUGAAUAAUUGGCUGGAUUCAUGUUAUUAAGUCACAAAUCAUGAUUGAUAUUUAUGGGUUCAACAUGCUUAGCAACCUCAUAUUGCAAGUUAGCCCUGAUUUUAUUUUCUUUCAAUAUCCUUUCAAUGAAAAACAAAAUGAGAAGUAACAUGAUACAAAGCACCACUCUAGGUUUUUAUAGUGAUGGGACUUUUUAUCUUGCCAGUUAACCUUCUAUUAAAUGACUGCAUGUAUCCUCCAUUGCAACCAUUUGUGGCAACGCCUGUAAACUGUUCUCAAAGUUCUAAAUGUAUUGCAGCUCACAAAGAUUAAUGUGGACCUUAAACUGGGGUCACAUAAUAUACUAUGCCAAAAUUCAAAUAAAUCACAUUAUGUGUAUAAUGUGUGAAACCAUGUCACACUCUCAGUCCCAUCUGCCCAUUCUAUAAUCACAAUAGUUUAUUUGGCAUUGCUCAUGUAAGAAAAAUGACCCAAGGAAAAGAAAACUCAGGGUAUAGCUUUAAUUCCAUUGUUGAAUGGUCCCAUAAUGACCCCAUAAAUAAUGACAAGCAAGUUCUCUUUCCUUCUCUUCCUAGACUGGAUAGCGUUAGUGUGACCAAGAAGCCAUUCAAUAAAGAGUUGAGACUUGAUCAGUGGAGUAAGUUGCUUUAUUCCUUAAUCAUGAAUUCUCUGGGGGCUUAUCUUGUACUCCAUCAAAGGAUGACUUUUUAUGCCUGUUAAUAAAACUAGAUUGGAUUUUGCUAGCAGUAAGAAUUCUGGAAAUACAGAUAGUUUGUCUUGCCCUGCUUGCUGAUCUUCAGAAAGUCUUACGCUUAGAGUAAGAGGCUUUUAUGUACAAAUCGUGAUAUGCAAAGGUCUAAUUCACUAUAUUUCUUUUCUCUAAAAUAGAACAAGAGCACACAUAAAGUCAGCUGAAGUAUGUAUAGUGGUACAUACAAUAGUACAUGUAGAUACUGUAUAUGCUAUGUAACAUCUUUUUAAUUAAAAAAGACAAGUUCCAUUCAGAUCAAUACUUUAUUACUACCAGAAAAAAUAAAAUAAAGGAGGAAAUGAAAUGCUUGUUAUAGUUCUUAAAACUGAGUCCUUGCUGAAAAUAGUAUUGGCUGCAAAAUAAUAUUUCCAUUUCAACUCCUUUCAUUUCUCCCACAAAAUCUAAAAUUUAAUAUUUUGUUGCAUCAGAACUAUUGUUCUGCCACACUUUUUAUUAGACCAAUUUGGCACAGGAAGUUUUAUUCCAUUCCAUUUUUCUAUGUAACCCCAUAUAAAAUAGAGCCAGUGGAGCUUCGAUGAUAUUGAAAGUUAUAAAAAGAGAUUUGAUACAUUAAAGUAGAUUGCAGUUCAUUUUCAGUGGUUUCUUAUGUAGAUAGAUAGCUAUUAUGAUGUGAACUGUAAGCGAGGAUCAGUAUACUGUCUCUAUUAACUUAUUGUGUGCUUAUUUUUUUAUGCAUGUUCCUGCAUUUCUUCCCUAGAGAUUCUUUUCUGACAAGUCAGUGCAUUUAGAUAUCUCUUUGCAUAGACAAAAUAUUUAAUUUAGGGGAAGACAAGCAUUUUUGCCCACCUACAUCAGAUUAUUUCUUACCUUAGUAGUAACACAUGGAACUAAUGCUGGGCAAACUGGAGCUUUAAAAGGAGAUUCUUGACCAGCUAGACUUAGGUUCCUUGCUUCAGGGAGAUGUAGAUAUUUUAUAGUUUUAGAUAAAAUAACUGCAUAAUUGUUUAAUCUGUUCAACCUGAAAAAAAAUGCUAAAGAUGUAAAGGUUAGAAUUUCACUUUCCACUUUGGAUCUUCUUAGUAAAAACAACUUAGCUUUGGCUUUCCAUUGAGUUGUGUUGGGAAGAGAAGGUCACUUUAGAAGUGUUUUUAGAAGUAUUAUACUUUUUUAAUUUGAAAGUGAAUUAUUUUGGAACUAUUAUAGCUCAUAAUAAAAUUUAAAGGUCACAUUGGGCUUAUUAUAAAAAUUAGUCUAAAUAAAAAAUAGUUAAGUCAAGCUUCUUUCUAGGGACAUCAAUCAUUGUAGGAUUUGCUUAUUGGUGCUUUAUGCUUGUUUUACUGGAAACCUGAGGGGUUUUUUUUCUUUUCAGAUAUUACCUUUUGUGAAAAAGGAAUAAUGAAUUGGCCUUGAAUAUAUAUUUUCUGAAUAUUUUACAGGUAAUAAACUAGAUUUGAGGCCAGUCCAAGGUCGAAAAACCCAGUAGUACACCCUAUUAUUUCAUGUCUUAAUUUAUUUCACAUGCUGAGAAGAAUUCCAUUACCAUUAGCAACACUGACUAGGGCUAACGGGAACUGUACCCAAACACAUCUCUAGGGCACCAGUUGGUAAAUGUGAAAUGUGCUCCUUGAACCAUAUUUGAUUUGCUAUACACUUGGCCUACAGUGAUUAGCAUAUACCAUAUUUAAUUCUAUAAUCCUACAUCGGCUUAACCAGAAUUAUACGUUAAGGAAGAAUUCAUAUCUAGCUAAAUACAGAUAGUCCUUGACUUACAGCCACAAUUGACCCCAAAAUUUGUUGUUAAGUGAGACAUUUCUUAAGUUAGUUUUGCCCCAUUUUACAACCUUUCGUGACAAAGUUCUUAAGUGAAUCAUUGCAGUUGUUAAGGGACACUAACUCAUAAAUGUGAGUUAGUUGCCAACAGUCUGAAUUUUGAUCACAUGACCAUGGGGAUGCUGCAACAGUCAUGUGAUGGUGAUAAAUCACUUUUUUCAGUGUUGUAACUUUGAACAGUCACUAAAUGAACUGUUGUAAGUUGAGGACUAUGAGUACUUCCAUUCAGGGCCAGGGUGGAGAAUUUAGAUCUUUAAGAUGUUGAAAUAAUUCCAGCACCUUAAAUCAGAAGGAUAUUCCUUGUGUAGCAAUAUUUAGUUGUACAAGGGAUGUUUCGAGUCUAGUUCCAGCAGGUCUCUUUGUUUAAGUGUCCUAUGCAAUCCCAAAUAACAGAUCAAUAAAAUGAAUAUUGCACUUAAAAUCCCUGCAAGUUCUUAUUGCCAAUGCAAGCAGAAUUAAGAUGUGUCAUCUUUUUGCUGGGAGGAAAGACUUUACAGUUGGCCAGUACAUGCAAGUAUUUGAGGGCACAAGUAUAUCUAAGCAUAUAUAAUUUUUGUGAGUCUUUUCUGGCCUAGAGAAAAUGUGACCAAUAAUCCAGUAUAUAUAUCAAAUAUAAUAUGAAUACAUAGAUGCUUACAUUAUGCCCAGUUCCUGAUACAUUCAUUAAGCAAUGCUUUUUAAAAUGUUUUAAUAGGACUUUUCUUAACCAUUUUGAAAUCUUUAAUCCAACAAUCCAUUAAUACUGUACAUGACUCAUUUGUUUCCUUUAGAAUGACUUUAGUAUAGGACAGAAUUUGAAUGCAUCCAGUGCAGCCUUUGGCUUAAAAAUAAGUGUGGGCUUAGUCGUGCCUGGGUGAGAAAUAACUAGGAAAGUCUUUCUCUCUCUGUCCCUAUAUGUGCUUAAUAACAAUGUUUUAUAAUAUAUUAAUUUUGCAUAAAUUAAUAAGUAAAGUCUGGACAACAGAAACAACCAAAAAUCUGUUUGAAUGCAUUUCUCAUGAUGGACAUAGUAUGUGUGCAGGGACAGUGCAAAUAUACAUUAUAUGUACAGGAAAUUAUUCUUAAAAUAUGAUUAUUGAAAAUAUAAAUACAAUAAAGUGAUGGUAUAACUACCAACGACUAUU